CACAUGCAAAAUAUGACUGCAGUGUUUCUUCUUUUUAUUUUCCAGCAUGGCUCUGGUUCCCUACGUAGAAAAUUCACUGCCCGCGCUUUCCAAAUUCCACAAUUCAUCGGCACAGUUUCGGUUUGCAAAUCACGACUUGCGCCUAGCUCAAGACUGGAAAAAACACGGGGUGGCAGCAGUCGUUUGGGAUGCGGCGGUUGUCAUGUGCAUGUACCUGGAGCUGGGGAAGGUGGACUUGAAGGGGAAGGAGGUCAUUGAACUGGGAGCUGGAACUGGACUGGUGGGCAUUGUGGCUGCUUUAAUGGACGCAAAAGUGACCAUCACAGACAGAGAGCCUGCCCUGGACUUCCUAUCAGCGAACGUGAAAGCAAACCUGCCCCAGGACUCCCAGGUAUCAGUGACUGUAUCCGAGCUGACAUGGGGCGAGGGUCUUGAACGUUACCCAGCUGGGGGGUUUGACAUCGUGCUCGGGGCUGACAUCAUUUACCUGGAGAACACCUUCGUGCCUUUACUGCAGACUCUGGACCACUUAUGCUCGGACACUACAGUAGUGUUACUGGCUUGCAAGAUCCGGUAUGAGCGUGAUACGAACUUUUUAGGCAUGCUGAAGAAGCAGUUUUCGGUAGAAGAGGUGUACUAUGAAAAUCAACGGGACAUUCACGUGUAUAAAGCCUGGAAACUGAAACAAAGGAGGGAUUUGUAAAUGCCUAGUUUUUGUACUAAUUCAAAUAAAAUCUCUAAAAACA